UGUCGCUGGCGGCCCGCGAACGCUCCGCGCAGGCCGCAGAGCGCAGCCGCCCGCAGAGCGCAGCCGCCCGGCCUGGUUUGAGGGGCCCUGCGCCGGCGCGGCCAUGGCGGCGGAGCGCGGCACGGCGGCCGAGGCCCUCGUGGGGCAGGUGGUGCUGCCCGGGGACCUGCUGCUGCUCCCCGCGCACUACGACGAGGACGCGGAGGGCGAGCGGCUGCGACUGAGCGCGGGCGCGGCGCCGCAGGGGCGGCUGCUGUGCGGGCCGGGGCUGCGGCGCAGCGGGGCCGGGCUGCUGGUGACCAAGUGCGGGUUGCUGCGGCACCGGCCCGCGGGCGGCGGCGCCUACUGGGUGGACUCGCAGCAGAAGCGGUACGUGCCGGUGAAGGGCGACCACGUCAUAGGGAUCGUGACGGUCAAAGCGGGGGACGUGUUCAGACUGGACGUGGGCGGCAGCGAGCCGGCGUCCCUGUCCUACCUGGCCUUCGAAGGCGCCACGAAGAGGAACAGGCCGAACGUGCAGGUGGGAGAUCUUAUUUACGGUCAGUUUGUUGUAGCAAAUAAAGACAUGGAACCAGAGAUGGUCUGUAUAGACAGCAGUGGAAAAUCAAGUGGAAUGGGAAUAAUUGGACAAGACGGCUUCCUCUUUAAAGUCUCCUUAGGUCUAAUAAGAAAGCUCUUGGCUCCCAAUUGUGAAAUAAUUCAAGAGUUGUCACAGUUGUACCCAUUUGAGCUGGUGGUGGGAAUGAAUGGAAGAAUAUGGGUAAAAGCAAAAACAGUUCAACAGACUUUAAUUAUAGUAAAUAUUUUGGAAGCCUGUGAAUAUAUGACUGCAGAACAGAGAAAACAAGCGCUUGCCAAACUGUCAGGGAACUGAUAAGAGAAAACCUUGGGGAUUUGUUUGUGAUUACUGUAGGGUGUUUUGGUUAUUUUUGUAUUCAGAUUUAUAUUAAAAGCCUUUUUUUUAAGUAAUGUA